GCAAGAGGAGGAGGUGGGAGCUGAAGCAGGAAGGAAGGCAAGCAGGAGAGAGAGGAGAGGGGGAGAAGGGAGGCAGGCUGUGAAUGCUAACGAGCUCCGCUGUAAUCACACACAGCUCCGUGGGUUGUCGUUGAUCAAACCUCUUUACCAUGGAGAGAAACCUCGACUUCCAUCUCUGAAUUUUUGACAAUUAAAACAAAACCAACGACUAUGAGCCGCGUCCUGUGCGCGUGCAGCAGCAGGCUCGCGCCCGUCGGCACGUUUGAUCUAAUUUAAAAAAAAAAGACGUCGUUUUUUUCCUCUGAGUGAAAUGUAUCGAGACUAUUCGGGAUUCACAUCGUGACAAUGGAGAUUGAAAAUAUCGUGGCCAACACGGUUCUCCUGAAGGCGAGGGAAGGUGGAGGAGGGAAGAGAAACGGCCGCAGUAAGAAAUGGAAGGAGAUGCUUAAACUCCCGCACAUCAGCCAGUGUGAGGAGCUUCGCCGCACCGUUGAGAGGGACUACACAAGUCUGUGUGAGAAGCAGCCCAUUGGACGGCUGUUAUUCCGUCAGUACUGUGACACAAGGCCGGAGCUGAAACGCUGCAUCGAGUUUAUGGACGCAGUGGCCAUGUAUCAGCUGGCUCCUGAUGAGAAGAGGAGGGACUGUGGACUGAAUAUUUUAGACACAUACUUUAAUAACGGGUCAGCCGCUCAUCUGCCAGAUAUUCCACAGGACGUGGUCUCCGGCUGCAGAGACAGGCUGGAGCAGAGUCCGUGUAAGGAGCUCUUUGACGACUGCACCAAAAUAGUUCGUGAUUAUCUGAGCGGAGCUCCAUUUUCCUUGUACCAGGAGACCAUGUACUUCUCUCGCUUCCUGCAGUGGAAAUGGUUGGAGAGGCAACCAGUCACAAAAAAUACCUUCAGACAUUACAGAGUUUUGGGAAAAGGUGGAUUUGGCGAGGUUUGUGCCUGCCAAGUACGUGCCACCGGUAAGAUGUACGCCUGUAAAAAGCUGGAAAAGAAGCGUGUGAAGAAAAGAAAAGGUGAAGCAAUGGCACUAAACGAAAAACGCAUUUUAGAAAAAGUUAACAGUAGUUUUGUAGUUAGUCUAGCAUACGCCUAUGAGACCAAGGAUGCGCUGUGCCUGGUGUUGACCAUAAUGAACGGUGGUGACCUAAAGUUUCACAUCUACAACAUGGGCAACUCUGGCUUCGACGAGCAGAGAGCCAUUUUCUACGCUGCUGAGAUCUGCUGUGGCCUUGAGGACCUGCACCGAGAGAGAAUAGUGUACAGGGAUUUGAAACCUGAAAACAUCCUCCUGGAUGAUCGUGGACACAUCCGAAUUUCAGACCUGGGCCUCGCUGUUCAAAUCCCUGAAGGAGAGACGAUACGAGGGAGAGUGGGUACUGUGGGAUACAUGGCUCCUGAGGUGAUCCAGAAUGAGAGCUACACCUUCAGCCCAGACUGGUGGGGGCUGGGCUGCCUGAUCUUCGAGAUGAUCCAGGGCCAGUCACCUUUCCGUAAACGCAAGGAGCGCGUUAAGCGAGAGGAAGUGGACAGGCGAGUGCGAGAGGACCAGGAGGAGUACUCCGACAAGUUCUCAGAGGAGGCUAAGGACAUCUGCAGACAGCUCCUGGCCAAAGACCCUAAGGAGCGUCUUGGUUGUCAGGGUCGCGGCGCGAUAGAAGUAAAGCAACAUCCUAUCUUCAGAAAUAUCAACUUCAAACGGCUGGAGGCCAACAUGCUGGACCCCCCCUUCAGCCCUGAUCCUCGGGCCGUGUACUGUAAAGACGUCCUGGACAUUGAGCAGUUCUCCACUGUCAAAGGCGUGAACCUUGACCCCACAGAUGAUGAUUUCUACCACAAGUUUGUCACUGGCAGUGUCUCCAUCCCGUGGCAGAAUGAGAUGAUUGAAAUGGGCUGCUUUAAAGAAAUCAAUGUCUACGAGACGGACGGGACCCUGUGCUCAGACCUGGACGUGAACCGACCCAACCCUCCACCAAAGAGAGGCUUCUUCUACCGCCUGUUCAGAAGAGAGGCAAGUGCUAGUGCUCCGGCAACUGUUCGAGGGGGUGGGGGCUAAGGUCUGUUUUAGGAGCGGUUACAGUGACGACGAGACCGAAGAGCCCUCACGACUUUAAACCACUCCCCCCACUUGACCACACCACCCACCCACCACCCCACCUCUCAGUCCUUUCCUGUUUUUUUUCUCCUUCUUCCCUCGCCGCUGAAGUCCACCACAAACUCCAACCGAGCGCAAAUCUUAGGAACUCAGUGAAUGUUGACCUGUAUUUAUGAGCUGUAUUAAAAGUGUAUUAUAAUUAAAGAAAAAAGUAUGAGUUUAAAGAUUUUGUACAUUUGUACUUGAAUUUAUGUCUAGAUGUAUAUUUUCACUAAAGGUUGUAUUGUACAAAAGCCAUAAAAGUACCACUUGAAUGCAUACAUGACAUUUUUAUUUUUCUUCUCUGACUUUCUUUGGGGUUGAGUACAGAGAGUGUGUGAGUACAGAGAGUGUGUACUGGGGAGUUCUUUCAGAAGCACAGAAUCAGUCGUCUCUUUGUUUUCAUUUCCUCUGUGUAGCAUUGAGCUUUUUUAUUUUCCUUGAUUGUGCUGUAUGUUUGUGAUUGAUUCGUUAGCACAUUACUUCCUCCUCCUCUUGUUUCUCCUCCUUUCUUCUGCUCCUCCUGCUCCUCAUGAAUCCCACACAGUCGAAGGCUUGGGUAGAUCUGAAUGGACGAAGAUAGAAGUGAACACAGCUGUGUUGAUGCCUCGCUGCUUCAACUCACUCUUCUUUUCCGUUGACUGUCGGCUUUUCUGAACUUCCCUAAAGCCUUGGUCCUACCUAGUUGGUUUAGUCAAAAUUCAUAGCAUAAUGUAUUGUUAAAAAUACAAAGUAUAUUCUAGGGAGGUCAUGACAAUUAUAAAGUCCAUUAAACCCAGUCUUGGACCCUUAUUUGGAGAACCCUUUGAGAUGCAGCCCUGACAGCAGUUGAGUAGUUUAAGCAGUCAACGUCUGUUAUGUUGUUCAUUCACUACGGCCGAACUUCUGGUUUGUUUGUUUUUUUUUAUUUCUAAUCUUCAGCUUCUGUAGUUAAUUCCUGGAUCUUCACCUGCCUUUCUUAGUAACGUACUUUCUGUAUUUUAACAAGUUUAUGACCAAUUUACUGAAGGAGGGCUUCAGAGACAGACGACGGCCAUGAUGACAUUAAAUCAGUCUGUGGCUUCAUUACGGUCACAAACAUGCUGCUUCAGUCAAACAUCACUUGAUUCAGCCGUGGGCACUUAUUGGCUGCUGUGUGUCUGUUGAUCAUACAGUAGACAGUGGUCGUCAGUAGUCCUAAACUCUGCCGUCAUGUGACUUGGUGAUUGUUUCUCAGUCGUAAUAGUGUCCAUUAGAAUCACAGAGACCAGACAGCUGUGGUGUCAGUGGGUGGAGGAGGUCAUUGAGGUCCAGAACCAUGUGCACUGACUCAUCCGAGGACAGGACGCAGAGAAAAAUCUUCUAUUUUUAACAGAAAAACAACAUUGAUUGUAUGUGGACAGAAUGGUCUUGAUGUUUGCCUUUAAGCUCUUGACAUGCUCAGUAUAGCAUUACAAAUGCUGUGCAACGUGAACCGCUGUGCAACUCAUUGAAAAAGAGCAGGAUAUUUGGCUAAUGUUUAUGAGUGGAGAUGCUUUGUGCAGUUCAUGUCUUCAUACUGUCUUCUGUUUAUUCUACCACUGGACAAACAAUCAAAUUUUGAUUGGAUCUCUGUUUAGAUGUUCCACCUCCCAGCCUACAAACAUAGCUGUGAUUGGCUUUCGUCUACAUUUGUUCCUCCACUAAGUGCUGAUUAGACCUGAUCAUGUUGCACAGCACUUGUAAUGACAUUUAGAGCUGCAUUAGAGGGAAAAGCUUAACUGAAUCACGGUCCCAUUUUUCUAUAAACACAUUAGAACAAAAUUGUCAAUGUUGGACACCUCACCUCCCCCCUCCCCCCGACAGAGCUUGGUGAAACUGCAGAGUAUGAAAUAAACACCCUGACUUUGGCUUUAACAACUAGUUGCUUGCCAUAUCACUGGGACAUCCUGAGUCCUUGUAGUUUGAAUCCAGUUGUGACUCCUGCUGUUCCUGCUAAAGUAGCAGCUGAUAAUUACUUUUCAGAAUGGUAUAACGGUCUUGCUGAAUGUCUGUACACCAGGUGGAACACUCCCCAAUUUUCUACAACACUUAUUUUUGCUGCUUUACUGUAACAAUUUCAGUUUCCAUCGAUUCUUUAAACCUUUUUUCCCCUUUUAAGACAAUUGCUCUUUUCUCCCCUCCACCUGUUUUAAUGCUGUGAAUAUCCAAUCAGGAAAGUUAGCUUUGUGUGUGUGUGUGUGUGUGUGUAUUACACUGUAUGCAGUUUUUGGUCAGUCUAAUGCAUUAAAUUAAAUUAGCUUUGCCUUGUGCAGUAGGAGAUUUUGUUAAGCAAAGAAUUACUUCAGUGUAAGCCUUUUUUUCUCCACCAAAAUUUAUGUGCAUUCUCUGUGAAAACAUUACAAACAUUAAGGGCCUUGAAUGAGACUUGGUUUUUUUUAGUGCAUUCAAAAUGGUACGUAUACAGUUCCUGUCACAUUUACCCAUUAGAAGAGUCUGCAGUCCCCUGUUACACACUCCAUUAACGAAAUCAGGAAUCGAACGCAUGCAUCAAGCUGUUGCUGGCUUUGGUUACUUGACUUUCUGAGUGUCUUUAUAUUAUGAUUAUUAUUAUUGUUAUUAUUUUGUUGCUCUCAGGCACAUUUUGAAGCUAAUUUCUCUUGACAGUGUAGAUUCUAGCCUUUUUAGCUCUUUUAGCCUCAAAAUCCUUGUAAAUGAUGUAUUUCUAACAUGUAACCAAGCUGUAGUUCACAUGACUCACUCACAUGGGAAAACAGCGUGUUUUUAUCCCAUUCCUCUGUAACUUUAUGUUAUACCAUCCACAUAUUGUGGUAAUAAAGAGUUUACACACUUCUGUUGAAAGGCUGGGUUUUUAGUGGGAAAACUUCUGAAAUGAAAGAGUUAAGCUUUCUUAGUUUUGAACCGUGGUGUGUAAACUGUUUUAAUAUCCACCUGUGAAUCAGUUCACACAAUCAUCAAGUUCACUUCUCUUUAGUUCCAUUGCACUAUGGUGUGUUUUGACAAUGACCCUUCAGUCUUUGACAGUGUCUUCUAAAUUCUAUUUGCCAACAUUUCCCAAGACAACAUUUGAAUAAUUUCCACAUGCUUUUAACCAAGGACUUCACUAAAGAAAGACUGUCAGCCUUUAUUUUCUGUGCGAAUUUCCCAGUUUUAUUUCCCAACAUCCCAUAAUUCUUCAACCUCUGAACCUUUCCGUCCACUCUGAGAGAAAUUCCUUCUUAUUGAGGAACUUUGAACAGUUUUGAAUGUCCGCACUAAGUGCAUUUUAAUGCCUGUUUAAAAAAAAAAGAAAAUAUACAUAUGUUUUAUUACUCACGCAUGUAUUGGUUUGUAAUACUUCAGGUUCCUUAUAUAUGUAAAUGAUGAUCUUCUAGUGCCAACCUAUCUCACUGUUAUCUGAGAACAACCUUAAAAAUGGCAUGAUGACCAGUUGAUGUGGCUCAGUUUGAACACACACAACAGUCGUCUCCUCCUCAGGUAGUUCCCAGGUUUGUUUGGAAUAAGUGCCAAUACAACCCUGGAGCUUUUCCUGACUUCUAUCCAGAGGUAUCAGUCAGGUGAGACAUUUUCAACCAGAGGGAGGAGGAGUGGAUUGUUGGUAUUCAAACUUAGCCUUGGAUUCUUGAUUUCUCUCUUUUUUCUUUUUUGUAUCUGUACAGUCAUGUCGUUCAACCACUGCAGUCAUUGUUAAUUCUUGUACAAGUUGUAUCACUGGUUGUUGUACCAUAUCUGACAUUUGUAAUUAUGAAAUAAUACACUGCCAUUUGUAUAAAAAAAA